AUGAACAAGAAUGGUUUGGCCACUGAUGACAAUAUGAUAGUUUUUGCACAUUGCAAUGUGAGGAUGGUAGAUGAAACUUUAGAGAUUUUGAGGGGCAUGACUAAGAAGGAUGUGGGGCCUGAUUUAGUUUCAGUAAAGGCUAUUCUUCAGGGUUUGUGCAAGGAUAAGAGGAAAACUAAGGUCGAGGAGCUUCUAAAGGAUAUGAACGGGAAAGGUUUGGCCACUGAUAACAAUAUGAUAGUUCUUGCACAUUGCAAAGUGGGGAUGGUAGAUGAAGCUUUAGAGAUUUUGAGGGACAUGGCUGAGAAAGGUGUGGAGCCAAAUUGCUUUUCAUUCAAGGCAGUUCUUCAGGUGUUGUGCUCCAAACAGAAGACCAGAGAGGCUGAGAAGGUUCUUGAGAGCAUGAAUCAGGAUGGUUUGGCCCCUGAUGAAAAGACCUACAAGUCUUUGUUUGAGUUGUUCGGUGGUCAAUUGUGGUACGAUGAAGGUUACAAGAUUUUGAGGGACAAGGUUGAUGCUGGGUUUUCACCCUCUUUUGCUACAUAUAAUAUGAUAGUUCUUGCAUAUUGCAAUGUGGGGAUGAUGGAUGAAGCUUUAGAGAUUUUGAGGAGCAUGGCUGAGAAGGGUAUAGAGCAUGAUUUGGUUUUAGUCAAGGCUGUUCUUCAGGGUUGGUGCAAGGAUAAGAGGAAAACUGAGAAUGAUCAACUGCUUAAGGAGAUGAACGAGAAGGGUUUGGCCACUGAUUACAGUAUUAUAGUUCUUGCACAUUGCAAUGUGAGGAUGGUAGAUGAAGCUAUAAAGAUUUUGAGGGACAUGACUGAGAAGGGUGUGGAGCCAGAUUGCCUUUCAUUCAAGGCAGUUCUUCAGAGUUUGUGCAAGGAUAACAGGAAACCUGAGGCUGAGGAGCUGCUUAAGGAGAUGAACAGGAAGAGUUUGGCCACGGAUGAGAAUAUGAUAGUUGUUGCACAUUUGAAUGUGGGGAUGGUUGAUGAAGCUUUAGAGAUUUUGAGGGACAUGGCUGAGAAGGGUGUGGAGCCAGAUUGCCUUUCAUUCAAGGCAGUCUUCAGGGUUUGUUCAAGAUAUGUCCAAACUCCUAGUGGCGGCCAGAAGCAGAGGGUUGCCAUUGUUGGUGCUCUAGCAGAAGCUUGCAAAGUUCUAUUUUUGGAUGAGCUAACCACAUUCUUAGACGAAACUGAUCAGGUUGGGGUUAUCAAAGUUGUUAGGAACACUUUGGACACCUCUGCAGAUGUCAUAGCAUUAUGGGUCACCCAUCGUUUGGAAGAACUAGAAUAUGCAUAA